CGCGCGCUUGCUCCUCCUGGGUCACGCGCAUCAUCACCAGUGUCGCUAACACUGUGACUUUAAGAACGAUUCUUUGAUAGAGAGAAACAUAUAAUUAUAAUAGAUUCUUCCGGUCUAUUAAAACGGCGAAUACCGUGUCACAACAAAGCCAGGGGACAAAGGAUCUGCGUGCUCGCUAAGAACAGCGUUAUUAUUUUCUCCCUGCAACAUGGUGAAGAUCAGCUUUCAGCCCAUCACAGGACAAAAAGCCGAGAAAGAGGAGGGAGAUGGAGAUAAAACUCAAAUAUUCAUACCGCAUCCACACGUGGAAGAAGAGCUGGUGUUGCCUGUCGGACGGAAACGCUCCUCUCUGAGUGGACUUUGCUGUCUGACGACCGCACUGAUUGUCUUCACCUGCAGUUUGAUAUAUGCUUCAAUAUAUAUCUACCGUUACUACAUCAUUCCUCAGGUUCCGGAUCAGAGCCGGUUCCACUGCCGUGUUGUGUACGAGGACUCGGUGGCCGCUCCACUGCGAGGCUCUCAGGAGCUGGAGGAGAACGUGGGGAUCUAUCUGAAGGAAAACUACGAGCAAAUCAGCGUGCCUGUGCCCGACUUCAGCAACACAGACCCCGCUGAUAUCAUUCACGAUUUCCACAGGGGUCUGACGGCCUACCAUGACAUUGCCUUGGACAAGUGUUAUGUCAUCGAGCUCAACACCAGUGUGGUAAUGCCUCCGCGUAACCUCUGGGAACUGCUCAUCAACGUCAAGAAGGGGACUUACCUCCCCCAGACAUACAUUGUCCAGGAAGAGAUGGUCGUGGCUGGACGUGUUAAUAAUAUGCAUCAGCUCGGCCGUUUUAUUUACCGUCUGUGUAACGGUAAAGACACGUACAGGCUCCGUCGCCGCAACUCACGCCGUCGUAUCACCAAGCGUGAUGCGCAGAACUGUCACCGAAUCCGCCACUUCGAGAACACGUUCGUGGUGGAGACAGUGAUUUGUGAGACCCCAUAGGCUGCUUGCCUCGUUGCCCCGCCCAUUUCUGAUGAGAUCACAUCCGUUGUUCUCGGUAGCCACACCCCUUUGAAAAUCACACUCUUUACCUCUUAUCCCUCAUGUCUUUAAAGCCCAUUUCUCUCUCUCUUUUUGUACUUCUCUCUCUAGUAAUGUGUAUCAUGACAAAUGUUCCCUUGAAGUUAUCUGAACAGUUUGUUUCUGCAUAUUUGCAAUAAUGAGCAUUUUCAACUUGAUGCAUUUAAAAAUGUAACAGUAGCAUCUGAAGUCUUAAAAUGAGAAGAACACAUGGGCAUUAAGCUGCACAAUGCCUGCAUGCUUGUACCUGCGUGUGACUGGCUGUUUGUGCUGCAUCAAACUCUCUUAUAUAUUUGCGUGUUUUUAGAUCUAUUCUUCUCAGUCAUGGAUAGGGAUGCAUCGAAAUAUUGGCCAAAAUGCCAUACAGUGAAGAGAAAACUGGCCAAAAAUAUUCACAGAAAGCAUUACUCUAACAUCCGAUCUUUAAUGUAGCUUAAUGUACACUACCAAAAAGAUUUUCUUGGUAUUUUUUUUCUCAUUUUCCAUCAAAUAUAUAUCUUAUAUAUCUUAAGUCUCUUGCGAAGAUAUUAAGUCUUAUUUUCUGGGAAAAAAAUAUGUGAUUGGGGUGAGAAAAAUAAUAUUGUUUUCCUUAUAGUUAAGUUUAUAUUUCUGAUCCCAUUGACAUAUGAUUUUCUUAUUCUAAACAAAAUUGCUUCAUUUUUGGUAUAUUUUUCAGAAAGCAAGACUUAAUAUCUUUGGUCAUUUCGAUUUGAUUCAAGAAUGUUUAGAUAUUUUGUACUGUAGAUUAAAUUUUGUUUAGUGCAGAUUAGAGCCAGGCCGAUAUUAUCGGCCGAUAUUAGGCAUUUUCCAAACUAUCGGUAUCGGCAUUUAUAAUGGCCGAUAAAUGAAUAUUUUAAAAAUAAAAUAAAAAUGGCCGAAAGACGCUUCAACCAUGCAUUAUCAUAUUUUUUUUUUAGUUAAAACUCAUAAAUAACUAAUGUUAGGGAAAUCUGUUAGUGUUUUGUUGCACAUUGCUGAAAAAAACAACAACUAUAUAUAUAUAUAUAUAUAUAUCGGACGAUAUAUCGGAAUAUCGGAUUUUAAAAUCAACAAAUAUUUGUAUCGGUAUCGGCCUUCAAAAUCCUUUAUCGGUCGGGCUCUAGUGCAGAUGACGUUAUAGAUCAUAUGUAAAUUGAAAGAUAUCUCAUUUACAGCUUUCCGUAUGAUUGAUGAGCACAAAAAAAAAAAACUCACUGAAGUCGAAGCAUAUUGUGGUAGAAAUGACAAAUUCACUAUUCACGUUUUCCGGUUGUACUUUAAUUUAAAACUUAUCGAUCACAGUCUCGGUUAAAGGCACAUUAUUAGAGGCUACUUUCCUCAACUUCUUGUAUAAUAAACGUCAAGACAAAUCGUCACACAUUUGUAGAGGUGAAUUAACUUCUCUAGCAAAACUGUGUCUUGCCCUGUGUUGUGUAUCCCUUUUCUUUCGGUGCAUCACUAUAUCCUAACUGAUCCUAGUGCCAGUUAUAGCGCCUGAUAAAAUAACACAGUCAUCACCACACGUGUUUGUUUACUACGUAUCUAUUUCAAUAUUCAGUACUGGCCGUAUGCCCAUUUAGUGCUUCUACAACAUGCUUCCUGUGCCGCUUCCUCAUUUCUUUUCUCUCUCUGCAUGCUUUUGAAGAGAACACACGCAUUGUUUGAGUAUUUUCUUAUCAUAUGAGUGAAGCCUUAGGCCAGAUUCAUGCCCUGGACUAACGUAUACAAUCUCAAAAGCUCUUUGUGUUUAUGUGUGUGUGUGUGUUGAACUUAAAAGAAAAAACUGGUUUAGUUAGGUGAAUCAAACAUGUAAAUAAACCAAUAAGACCUAC